AUGUCCAGGGAAGCUUACCGGACAGUGGCUUCCGCCGCAUCACCAGAAGAUCCCCAUAAUUCGAAACGCAUAGCCCCUUACCCGGCCCAUGUUGAUGGCUCUCAGAGCGUCGACGGUUUUGAAAAUAAUCCUCUCUCGCCAGACAGACCAAUACAUGCGGAAGGUUCAGCCCAGCUGUCUCGGAACGAUAUGUUCCUUGAGCAUGGCAAGGACGGGGGAAGAAUGCACAAUGCAGAAAAUUUCCUAGAAUUGUCUAGCUACAUGACAAAUUGGCUGCCGUUUGACAGCGCGGCAUACCCUGACUUUGACAUGUCAGAUGUGACUAUGGCAGAUUCGCUUUUCGCUCAUCAAGACCAAAGCGGGAGCUUAUGCCAGCAAGAUCAGAGAAAUCUUUCAGAUGAAGAAGGUUCUAACAAUGAGUCUCCAUCUCAUCAUCAGCAAGCAUCUGUUUCAGGGACAGACCAAGAGCAACUUCUUCGUCGACCCGAUCGAUUCCCCCAAAGCUCACGAAGACAAUAUUACGUGGACGGAGCCGGCGCACGAGACUCGAGGAUCAACAAGACAGGGCAUCUUCCUCGGUCCAUUUCUCACGCGUCUCAGUCCUCUCCUGGAAGAUUGUCUACAGUGGAGACGACAUCCCCCGAUUCCAGCUUGGAGGGUGGACAUAAGGAUCAUGGCCCGCUCACGCCCCUGAGUCCUGCUCUUGGAACUUUUAUUACCACGGAAGUCUACCAGGAGCUAGUCGCAAAAGCUUCGCCAAUGUUAGAAGCUCGUUUACAUGCAGGUUUCGAUUCAAAUUUGGUUGGAAUACCUUUAAUUGAAGACAUGGCGUCUUUGAUAGGGCUCUACUUCGAAAGGUUUCACAAAGUUUUCCCAUUCCUGGACCCCUCUCUCCUCAGUGCUCCCUUGUGGGGAUGGUGCUUAUGUCUCGCCACGGCCGCGAUUGGAGCAUAUUAUUCAGAAAACAGGUAUUCCAAUGCCAGCAGCGAUGCUCUCAUUCGGCUCCUACAUCAACUGCUUACGAGGGAGUUUGAUCUCGAAAAUGCAGACGAGAACUUGGCAUAUGUACAAGCACAAGCUCUCAGCAUACUGGGCCUAUGCAAUGCUCGGCAGGAAAGGUUGAUUGGCCUGGGCUACAAAGCGGCGAACAAGCUUUAUGGAGCUUGCUUUCGCCUCGGUCUCUUCGACGAGGUCACCCAUAGUCGCGGAACGUUUGACCUGUCAGAAAAAGAACAUUCUUGGAGUAAGUGGCGCGCCGCUGAAACGAGGCGAAGAACAGGAUAUUUUAUCUGGAUGCUGGACUGCGUGCUUGCGUACACGUCUGGUCAUCAGCCACAGCUUCCAUCAAUGUGCAUUAACCUCCUGCUACCGAGCUCGGACGCCCUCUGGGAGGCUGAGCAAUAUCAUGUCUGGGAGUCUUUGUUCAGCAGGGAAGCGGAACCAGUGCAAUUCAAUGCCAUCAUACAAAAGCUUUACACCGACCGAAGAUUGAUCGCUAAGAUCCCGGGCUUCACAACAACCGUCGUUAUCCAUGCGCUGAUCCGUCGGACGUGGGACGUGGCCAAUUAUUAUUCUAACCCGCUUUCGUCAUGGACGCCCGGUGAACCGAACAAAUCAAAUCAGUCUCUGCCAAAUGACGUUCAUAGUCUUCAAUACCCGGCGUGCAUUCCAGAGUUUGCAAGGUGGCGAAACAGUGCCUGUGACGCACUUGAUGUUCUCCACUGGGACGCUCUUUCGGAGUCGGCAAAGGCAUGGGGUCUUGAGGGCCCGGUGUUUCCGAAUUUACAUCUAGCUCGAUUAGUUAUUCUCUGCCCUAUCAAGGAGCUGGAAGCACUGAUAUCCAAUAUGGCAGGGAAGGAGUUUGACCGAGGGCUUCUGCCGCAUGACCGCCUCGCUGUAUACCCUUCGAAGCUGCACUGCGAAAGGGUGACAUGGACUUGGGUCAAGAGAGACCGCUACAAAGCUCGACUCGCUGUCGUUCAUGCCGCGGCCACGUUUUGGAACGUACGAAGGUUCCCUGUAGACUCAUUUAUUCAGCCCUUCGCAGUGUAUCUGGCAACCAUCGUGCUCUGGGCAUACGGCUCCUACACAUAUGAAGACCUGCUGAAAUCCGAGAAAGAGGCCCGAUCCAGAUCAUCACGGAACAAGUCUGUCGUUUUGUGGCAGAAUGCUUCACAGCCUUACGCUUCCCACGAGGACGAGAUUGAAUCCGAAGCCAUCGAACGUGGUCCCAACGAGACCGAGACGGCCGCAGCUGAAGGGUCCGAAUCGCUCUCGGGAUUCGCCACCCCAGCAUUCCCCAUAUUCAUGAACCUAGACCGGCCAUGUGAUGAUGAGCUCGUUCAAAAUUUCAUCCGCUCAAGCUCGCUCAUUAAGACGUAUCUCGAAAAUGUCGGGGAGCUCUGUUCGUUAAAUGGACCGGUGUUAGUGCUGCACGAAGGAGCACGCCUGUUGAGGACCAGAUGUGCGCAUACUUGGCCAAUCGCGGAGACUUAUGCGUCUCAACUCAGUAUAGUAGCCGCAAAUAUUCGGGAAUAA